AUGACGGUAUCGACCUCGGGACCGUUAACCACACCCCAGCCCGGUGACGGGGAGGCUUCGCUCACGCAUGUGCACCCUGGGCCCUCGAAACGGGGCAGCGGAAACACACCAUCCUCUAGCCAAGGAUGUUGGAUAUUCUCCCGCUGCGUGCCGCCCAUCGAGGAUGUGGCCUGUAGUAUUCCCGAAAUUAAGAGAACGAAGAAUGGGAAGACCGGGAAAUGGAGAAUUGGGGAAUCAACCGAAGGAGUAGACGCGGUCGAGGAGCCGCGAUUACCACCUUUCCCGGGACCCAGGAGGGCUCGUGACCAGUCGAUAGACUUGAGCGAUCGGUCCGUUGGCGAGAGGUGGGCAGGGAAGGAAAUGCGGCGGCGGCAAAGCGGCCAUACAGGCCAGAGGAAAGCCAGAAGUGGCUCCCUUAAUGAGCCGGUUAGGGGGCCACCCUCGCAGGAUGGGAAAGAUGGGACGCUGAUUGACGUGGGAUUUCGUCGUCAUGCUAGCCAAUCGACGUGCCGGAUUUGCGGGCACACAUAUCUGCCGCAGUUCAGCAGCACGUACCGCGUAACAACGUACGACAACUUGGGCUGGUACAGCAGUACUUGGGUAUUGCGCAGUCGUGAUCGGCAAGGGUGGCGGCCCUGGAGAGCUGGAAAGAGCAUGCCGUAG